GGACAAAACUGUAGACCUGACCUGCAUACGGAACUCAUUCAGGUUUUCGUCCUGCAGCUUUCAAAGGUUUCACUCUGAAGAAUGGACGAUUUCUACAUUAACAGCACUUCACAGGACAAAAUCUCUAGUUACAGCAAUAUCACCUCUGACUACUAUGGCAGCAUCAUCUCAGAAUCCUAUGAUUUUAAUAGAAGAGAUGGAUUCAUCAUGCAUGUGGUGACAUACAUUAUCAUUUGCAUUGGCCUUCCUGUGACCCUCGUGGCCAUCUAUGCUCUUUAUUCUCUGGUGCGAAGCGAUCAUGUUGUUCCGAUCUACGUCAUCAACCUUCUCGUUUCUGACAUCAUUCAGUUCUGCUGCAUGAUCGUUCAGGUGGUACAGCUACAAGAUUUGAAGAUAUCAGAAAUCUUCAUUUCUUUUUACCUCUCUGGUCUGAUUGCCAGUGUUGGCUUCAUGGUGUGUGUCGCCCUGGAAAGGUAUUUGGUCAUCGCCUGCCCACUGUGGUACCGCUUCAGACGAAGCAUCAAGACCUCUGUGGUGGUCUGUGUGGUGGUCUGGGUCCUUCCUCUUGUCUUUCUCCUCACUUUCUUAUUAAGGGUUGAACCUAAGGUCCCAGUAACCAUCUUCAUCGUCCUCCUCCUCCUUCCCUUCCCAUUGUUCAUAUUCUUCCUGGGUGGGACCCUCAAAGCCCUGUCUGCUUCCAUCUCAGUCUCCGCUGAAGAAAAACGCAGAAUUGUGGGAACUUUGGUCCUGGUGCUGCUUACUUACACGCUGCUGUUCCUGCCCACCAUCAUUGGGUACCUGUCAAAGGGAGCAAGAGAUAACGUUACCUUCAGAAACCUGUUUGUCAUGUUUGAUAGGUUGAGUCCUUUUGCAGACUUAGUUCUGUAUGUUUUCAUGAGGAAAGGGACCAUAGACCAGCUUUUGGCCUCUGUGUGCUGUUGCAGAAUGGACAGUAAUGAUGUCAGCAUAUCGACAGUAUGAAUGAUGACAACAUUUACAGUCAGCUUCAUGCAGGCAGAGAAAGAGGGAGAGAGAGGAAGGGGAGAAAACAGGAGGAGAAAUGUGGGAAAAUAGAAAGGAUGGAGACAAGACAGAUACUGUCAUCUACUGAUAUGAUUUCCAGUAAGACACCUAGCUGUAGAUAAAAGGAAGCUUUGUUUUGACUCUGCUGUGGGAGAACUGGUUGCUGGGAAAUGUUUUGGUAAACUUGUUUUGGUUCACUGUGACGGCUGUUUGUGGAUGAUUUUAUUAGUUCUUUGGCUGUAAGUUUGGCUGUUGUUUGACUGUUAAACACAGGGAGAGCAUCUUAACAAGUCUAGGAUUUUUUGAUUUGUCAUACACAUUUUAAUUUAGUUCCAGAGUUAUAACUAAUGUAUGUGUCCAAAACUGUAUUUGUUUUGCUUUUUUGUUGUUUUUUGUACGAAUAUAAGAAAAAUACUACAUAUUGUGUGUUUAUCUUUAUUUAAAACAUGUUUUAGUGGUAGGCAUGCUAGUUUUUAGGAUGUGAUCAGAGCAGGUAUUUUGCAACAGCUGUUGUGUGCUUGGCAAUAUGGAUAAAAUCUCAUAUCACAGUAUAUGCAAUUUUAUAUGAAAUUGUAAAUUUUCUGGAAAUUCAAUUAAAAAUCUGUUUCUAGAC